GCUGCUGCUAAUCCGUCUCGUUUCUGUCCGGGGUGAUUAGGGGAAGUCUUUUAUGAUGCUCCUAGCUUUUGUUUGCCAGCUACACCUAUCAGAGAUGUUGGGGCAUUUUGGCGUUGUGCAUGUGCGGGCACCACCGGGUUUGGUGGUUGUGGUCCGAAGCCAACAUAUCAGUUGUGUUUGCCUGGGGGUGGGGCGCAUAACAUCGCCCACGGGUUGUGGCCAGGGGUGGGCUGGAAUGGCCGGCAAGGUCUCUUGGUCCUCGAGUCCGUGACGGAUCAUGGAUGCACGUGGUACUCGUCGUGAAGUGCACGAUCCAAGGAAAGAGGAGUGGCAUCUUGUUAUCGUGUCCGUCGGACCAACCUAACCACUCGCAUCGCAUGGCAUCUGAGUCGUCGCCUUUACGGGCUCGGCUCUAUUAUUCUACUUGGGGUGAAAAAGGCAGAGGAGGAAGGUGAGUCAGAGAGAGAGAGGGAGAUGGUGACGAUCAACAACUCUUUUCUCUUCGUCCUCUCAGUGGCGUUCUUCUUCUUCCUUCUCGUUCUUUUGGCGGCUGAACCCGUCGACCCUCGACCCCACGAGCUCCGCUCCUUGGAGACGAUCCAAGAGAUGAAAUAUAUGGGAAAGGGAGCGGGGAGGGGGUGUUCAUACACGGUGAAGAUCAAGACGAGUUGCUCCUCCAGCCGAUUUACCAGAGACAUGAUCAGCCUUGCUUUCGGCGACGCCUAUCGCAACGAGGUGUAUGCACCGAGGCUGGACGAUCCGACGACGGGGACGUUCGAGCGUUGCUCCACGGACACGUUCAAGAUCCAGGGGCCGUGCGGGUACGGGAUCUGCUACCUGUACCUGCGGCGGGACGGGUGGGACGGUUGGACCCCGGAGUGGGUUAAGGUGUACGAGUCCCACGCCAGCCGGGCCACCACCUUCUACUACGGCACCCCUCUCCCCAACGCCGUCUGGUAUGGCUUCAACCACUGCCCCCGUCCUGCUGCUGCCUCGCUUUCCCUUUCCUCUUAAUUAACGCUCACCUCCAAUAUUCCUCCUCUUGUUGAUCUUGAGCAACCAAGCAAGCCGUGUAAUCCAUCAUGGUGUAUUAUAUAUGUGUAUGCUUUCGUUGCUUGCAUGCCUACGUUAUGACUAGAACACCUUUUUGCCUAUUAUAUCCAAUAUGCAUGCUGGAACUUUUUAAUCUCA